AUAUUCUUAACCCAUAUUCACCAUUUUUUAACAUUUUGCUAUAUGCUGAACACACCUCAUUUUUAUUGCGCCUUGCUUUAUUACGCUCCCAAGAUGUUGCAUUUUUUACAAAUUGAAGGCAAGACUCUCCACCAGCAAAAAGAUUACAACUCGUUUUAUUGUGAUACUUUAUUGCAGUGGUCUGGAACCGAAUCUGAAGUAUAUCUGAGUCUAGAUUUGGCAUUCUACACUGCGGUCAUCAUGAAGGUUUUCCGAGUCCUGAUGAAAAAUAAGGAACUUAUUCCUUUGGCGUUAAUCAUAACGGCGGCAGCGAGCGGAGCGUCAUCUUUUGCUGUCUAUUCCCUUAAUAAAAAACCCGAUGUGAUCAUUGAUCGAAAAAGAAAUCCAGAACCUUGGGAAAAUGUGGAUCCCAAUGUACCUGGAAAGCUUAUAACAAUCAACCAACAAUGGAAACCCAUUGAAGAGUUGCAGAAGGUCCGAAGGGCAACCAGAUGACCAGUCCUGGCCUCUUUCUUCCAUAGAGCGCCCUAUGAAUCUAGCGGAAACACUUCUGCACAAUCUAGAUUAUGGAUCCAGUGUGCGGAAAUGCUUCUGCUACGUUUCUAGGGCUUGCCUACACUUUUGACUCUGAAUAAGGAAUUAUAAAGUUGGCACAGCAAUAACCACAGUCUAAAAAUAAAUUUCUUGUUGUAAAUUUGAA